GAGGAGCUAUAACUUCCAAAGAAAUCAUGCACCCACCACACAGGACCUCUGAGAUUUCCUGAGAGGAUCUGUCCCCGGGUGCUGGGUUAUACUUUUGCUCAAGAGUCACUGGAGUCAAGAAGAUGACUCCACAGACAUUGAACUGAUAUUCACUCCGUUGUUAAAUCAAGAAGAAAAAGUUUGCAGGAAAGGAAAUCUUGUUGGAAGACUCGCAUUUAUCUCCAGCAUUCCCAGGGGCCAGACGGCACCAUGAUGAUUCAGGGAAGGACCCAGAAACACUCAUCCCUGCUCCUCAUCCUGCUGGUAUCCACCCUGUCUGUUCUGAGGGCUGAGUACUCCACCUGUGGCGAGAAUGAGUACUACAACCAAACAAGAAGCAGCUGCCAGGCAUGUCCGGAGUGUCAGCCUGGCCAGGAGCCCUACAUGAGCUGUGGUUAUGGCGUCAAGGACGAGGACUAUGGCUGCACACCGUGCCCCACUGGGAAGUUCUCCAAGGGAAAGUAUGAGAUCUGCCGACGGCACAAGGACUGCGAUUCCUUGUACCGCGCCACUGUGCGGACGCCGGGAACCUCCGAGAGCGACGCCGAGUGUGGGCCUUGUCUGCCGGGAUACUACAUUCUGGAAAAUCGACCCCGGAAUAUCUAUGGGAUGGUGUGUCACUCCUGUCAGAACGCUCCAAAGAACAUCAAAGAUUGUGCGCGAACCCCAGCUGUGUUGCCGGGGCGGGCCCCCAGUGUCCCCUCCACCAGCACCACCAUCUUGCCACACCCCCACAAUGAUAUGACAGGACAAGGCCACUUGGCGACAGCUCUGAUCAUCGCCAUGUCAACCAUAUUCAUCAUGGCCAUCGCCAUUGUGCUCAUCAUCAUGUUCUACAUCCUUAAAGCCAAGCCCAGCAGCCAGGCCUGCUGUACAGGUCAGGUGGUGAAGACAGUUGAGUCACAAGUCACCAAAGGAGAGGACAAGAAAGAGGUUCAAGAAAACGUAGUGAUCUUCACUGAAACGGACGGAUUCGACAAGCUGAAACCCACCCCACCGAAGACAGUGAAAAGUGAGAACGACGCCUCCUCAGAGAAUGAGCAGCUGCUGAGCCGCAGCAUCGACAGCGACGAGGAGGCGUCACUGGAGAAGCAGGGGGCUGCCGACCUGUGCCUGCUGUCGCUGGUGCACCUCAGCAGGGACAAGGCCGGCAACGCCAGCCCCCUCUGCGGCAAGAUUACCGGGAUUCAGAGUCGGAGGAGAAAGAUCCUGGACCUUUACGCGAAGGUGUGCAGUGACGCUGAGGGCUUGAGCCCGACCGAGCUGCCCUUUGAUUGCCUGGAGAAGACUAGCCGGAUGCUGAGCUCCACGUACAGUGCAGACAAGGCUGUGGUGAAGACGUGGCGCCACCUGGCAGAGAGCUUUGGUUUGAAGCGGGACGAGAUUGGCGGCAUGUCGGACGGCAUGCAGCUGUUCGACCGCAUCAGCACGGCAGGGUAUAGCAUCCCCGACCUGCUCACUAGGCUGGUGCAGAUCGAGCGGCUUGACGCCGUAGAGUCGCUGUGCGCCGACAUCCUCGGAAAGACAGGGGGCGCCUCGCCCACCAGCCCUGCUCUCUCCUUCCGAUGCGCCAGCGUCUAAAUAGAUCCCACCCCUAUGGCUCCGGCAUCAAUAUGAAGAAUUUCUGAUGGCCUUGGUACACAAAUGGGAAGAUGAGCCACUGCAGUCUAGCGCCCCCUUCCCUAAAGUGCCUGUAUAUCAUCCUAUCUCUCUAUCAAGGUCUUAAAAAAAAAACAAAACGGGUGUUUAUGGAAGUCUAACCCUAUUUCUUAUUUCUCUCAAAACCUCUGGUGCUGGACGCUAUAGAAACCUUUGUAGGGAACUUUUCCCAUCUGUUGUGGAGACCUGUGGUUAAUUAUGAUAUGAGGAGACAACCUGACUCAAAGGUUACUGCAAUUUAUUGCAACGCUGGUAGCAGGUUCACUUUCACAUGCCUUAAAAAUCAUGAUGAUACUGAAAAAAAUUCCAGCUCCCACAUCACAUGAAGUCAGGCGUGAUCUUUGCACUGGUGCUAACACUAGCCAGCACUGCAGAUGUGCGCCACAUCUGUCAAAACGUUAAUACCAGCAUUUAGGUUUUCACGUCGGAGUAGAAGUAACUCCCUAUGUUACUGUGUGUGCAUGUUUGUCUGGAAAGCUCUAAUGGCUGAAGUUUUCAGAGGCUCCUCUCUAUUAACGAGCAGACCUCGUUAAAGCGUGUCUGAGGGUCCCCGCAUACCAUAAACCCUUUGUCGGCCACGCAGGAUGCCAUGAAUGUCUCCUGCGGUUUUUAAUUGCCUAAUAUGGGGCAGUUAACAACAGCAGUGCCAAGUGGCCGUGAUACCCAGCUCCCCAUCUGCUAAUAAAGUCCAGAGUGAAGGCACUGCAGCACCCUGUCUGUUAAUAAUUCAUUUUUGCAAUUAAUAAUAAUUGUUGUCCUAUGCUAGGUUCUAAAAGCAUAUAUCUACUAAAAUUACAAAGAUCUUUGGAUGUUUUCUCCCCACAAUAAGCCACCCAACCUUAAGCCCCCUUGCUCUUAAGACCAAGAGGGAUUUUGCAAUGCAGUUGUGUGGCACGCUUGCCCUUAGUCUUAGUCUAAGGCACGCUUGAUUUUUUCUUUAUAGACAGGCACAGAGGGAGAACUGUAUAUGGAGCAGGUCUCUAGCUAUGGAAAUGAGUAUAACUGCAUGCAUGAUGACUCAUUUAGCAUGUUUCAAGAACAUCUAAACCUUUGCUUUGUCUAAAAAAUAAUACGGAAGAUUGUAUCAUUUUAUGAAACUAAAUGGAAAUGCCUUAGAGUGUCCGGUGACUAACAUACAUUAUCUACAAGCCAAUACACUUACCUCAUCUACAUACUGUGUGAAAGUAGGGAAGCAGAGAAUGAAAACAAUGUAAAUGUAUAUAUAACUUAUUACUGUACAUAUGCAUCAAUGAAAACAGUAAAAUCAAUAAAAACAUAUAAAUGUA